GGAUGAGGGGACGGGAAGGAAAACAUGUUCACGAGUUCUGUAAGGAUUAUUAGGCAUAAAAAUAUGAUUUUCCUCCUGAACUGCUGGAUCACAAUAAUAACUUUAACAGCUAUGCCAUGGUGUGAGGCGGUGCAGGUGAACAUACGGGACGAUCGUCGCUUUGCCCUGCUUUUCCAGUCAGUGGUUUUGCCCUGUCAGUACACAAGCACCUCGACCCAUACACCAGUGGUGCAGUGGUGGUACAAGUCAUACUGCCGUGACCGCACACGUGACGCGUUCAGCUUUCCAGACUCUCUGGGGGUCAGGGGGUCUGAACUGGGGCCUUCUGCCCAUCUGGACUGCAGUGACAACAGCCGGACAGUUCGGGUCGUGGCCUCUGGGCAGGGAUCCUCUCUCACUAUAGCUGAUUACUACAAAGACAGAGACAUCUCCAUUAUCAACAAGGCUGACCUGCGCAUUGGAGAGGUGCGAUGGGGUGACAGUGGUGUUUAUUACUGCAAGGUGGUGAUCGUAGAUGACUUGGAGGGCCAGAAUGAAGCUCAUGUAGAACUGCUGGUUUUGGGUCAGACAGGUGUGGCUGACGAUCUCCUGCCUGAGAUAGAUCUGGAGAUUAUGCCAGAGUGGGUGUUUGUGGGAAUUGUAGUCCUGGGUGGUAUCCUGUUCUUUGUCCUGGCGGGCGUAUGUUGGUGUCAGUGCUGUCCUCACUCCUGCUGCUGCUACGUGCGAUGCUGCUGUUGCCCCGAAACCUGCUGUUGUCCUCGCCACUUGUAUGAAGCAGGAAAAGGCAUAAAGACAGCACUCUCCACACCAGCAGCAGUCUACCCGCCGUACUACGUACAAGGCAUGCCCACCAUGGUACCCAUCUCCCCUCCAUCUUUAAUUGAGCCCAAGAUGUCCACUGCACCAUCCAUCGAUAAUAAUAUCUCUUCAGCUCAGCAGUCAUUAGUGCACAGUGGGUAUCGUCUCCAGCCCACGCCGGAUCAGAAUUCACUGAAGGUGCUGCAGUAUGUGGAAAGAGAAUUGGCACAUUUCAACCCUUCUAAGACCGUCAGCAGUCAUGAUUCUGUCAGCAUGUCGGAACUUAGUUCCUUACAUGAAGCAGAGACAGAUUUCCACCAGGCUUAUCGAAAGGUUCAGAAGAAAGCACUUCCAGCCAUUCCUGAUAUGGAUGACCCUCCGGACAUACUGAGUAGAAAAAUGUCUCCAGUGCACACACAAACGUCCGCUCGACAUCCUCAUCAUCGAGUGAAGGAAGAUCACCCAAGGUGGAACCCUCGUUCUGAGCAUCUGCAGAGGAAGGCUUUCCAAAUGGGAGGACGCACCGGCUCCCUGGAUGAGCUUGAGGAAUUUGCUAUGAGCUAUGUUCAGCGACGCCGCCAUGAUGAUUUUAGUGAUGACGAGGCCGAUUACCUGACAAAACAAAGGCAAUGUGAGCACGAGCGAGAAUGGCAGAGAGAACGGGAGCUGGAGCAUGACCGUUAUCCAUAUUACAGCUCCAAACGUGAUUAUCCUAAAGAUGUCCAAGACAGACCUCAUCCUUCAGGUCUUCCUCAUGUACCAGGAAAUCCAAAGAGACGAGGUACAGGGGACAGCAAUCUUCGCCGUGACCCCAAUUCACGGGAUACGAGAAGGCAGGAAGUUGAGAGUGAGCAGGACUAUGAUGAUGCCCUCCUUAAUAGUUUAUUGGAACGCAAAGCAAAAGCUGGGAGGAGCUUGUCUUCAAAAGGUGGCCGGAAUGAGGAAGAAUCAGACAGGCCCUCUAAAAAUAGCUCUCAAAAGAGCUGCCACAGUCACUCACCUGGCAACAGAUCAGCUAGCAACCGAGCAACGGAGGAGGAUGAGUCGUUGCCUCCAUAUGUAGAAAGGGAACCAGAACGUUUCCGUGGUGCUGUGAACUCCCACCAACCUUUGACCUCCACACGCUCCAGAAAAGAAGAGGAACAUAGAGAGGAACUGAGUAGGCCACGUAAAGUGAACACACUCCUAAGCAGAGAUUCGCUCAUAGUCUGACCAGCAAAGGCACGUGUCACAUGCACUUGCUCUCCAUCCAGCAUCUGUAGGCUUCCCUCUCGACACACUGAUCUUCACACUUUUUAACGUGCUAAUUGGUGCUCAGACAUCCUGGAAUGCUCAGAGGAUUAAAAGGAGGACAAGUAUUUAUUACGGCAACAUACAAACUGUUCUGGAACAGCUCGAGAUAACAAAGAAGCUUUGUUUUCUUAAAUAAAAUAAAUGUUACUUAUCUGUACAAUGAGCAGCCAAGAGGCUUAUAACUGGAAAGCCAGUGGAGCUGCAGUUUUAUGAAGACGAGAUCAAAGAUUACUUUGUGAUAGUAUUUGACGUAUUUUAUAGCACCUCCAAACUAUUAUUCUUUGAACACUUUUGAUGUAAAAGGUAAAGAUUUUUCAAUUCAUAAGGAACUUUUGCAAUGAAACAACGUGGAUGUAGACUGUAAAACGAACUGGUGAGACAGUAUCUGUUUAUUUUAUCAGGUAGGACACAGACCGUCAUUGCAGGAACAUGAUUAUGAUAAAGCAUUAUGAGUAAUGGAAGCCUUACAGAGGUUGCUCUUGACACGGGCCUUAAUCGUGCACAAAGAGCACACAAGUCUUUGUGAUGACACACGAGGAUGAGUUCACCAAGACGUUACCAGGAGUCCAUGCCGCUGUGCGAGCUCAGACAGUGCAUGACGUCAUGCAGCUUGUGUGGCAUCCAGAGAUUUGCGUCCUUUAUUCCCACUAUGACGUAAUGUGCCAAGAAAACACUGCAAAUGUGGAAUCUUUUGGUUUUUUCCCCAUAAUUUGUCUGUGUCUGUUUUAAUACAAAAAGGAGUAGUUGAGAAACUUGACAGUUAUUAAUAUUGUACCUUUUUGCCUAUGUAGAUUUAUACAUAUAUACACUAUAUUGCCAAAAGUAUUUGCUCACCCAUCCAAAUUAUCGGAAUCAGGUGUUCCAAUCACUUCCAUGGCCACAGGUGUAUAAAAUCAAGCACCUAGACAUGCAGACUGUUUUUACAGUUUGGAGCUGGCCCCUUCCUCUUCCAGCAUGACUGUGCACCAGUGCACAAAGCAAGGUCCAUAAAGACAUGGAUGGCAGAGUCUGGUGUGGAUGAACUUGACUGGCCUGCACAGAGUCCUGACCUCAACCCGAUAGAACACCUUUGGGAUGAAUUAGAGCGGAGACUGAGAGCCAGGCCUUCUCGUCCAACAUCAGUGUGUGACCUCACAAAUGCGCUUCUGGAAGAAUGGUCAAAAAUUCCCAUAAACACACUCCUAAACCUUGUGGACAGCCUUCCCAGAAGAGUUGAAGCUGUUCUAGCUGCAAAGGGUGGACCGAUGUCAUAUUGAACCCUAUGGAUUAGGAAUGGGAUGCCACUUAAGCUCAUAUGUGAGUCAAGGCAGGUGAGCAAAUACUUUUGGCAAU